UUUGGUUUUAUUGUUUUUUUCCCCGUUGUGUAUACGGUGCUCGAUUUAUAUUUACUCUUCCAGGCAGGAUGAUGUUGUUUGCCUCGCUCCUCACGCUAUGCUUGAGUGCAGUGUUUGCUGCUCCAAGCUUAAACCUGCAGUUAGACGAUCACUGGCAGCUCUGGAAGAGCUGGCAUGGAAAAAACUAUCAUGAGAAAGAAGAGGGCUGGAGGAGAAUGGUGUGGGAUAAGAACUUGAGGAAAAUUGAGCUGCACAACCUUGAGCACUCUGUGGGCAAACACACCUUUCGACUGGGCAUGAACCAAUUUGGUGAUAUGACAAAUGAGGAGUUCAGACAGGUGAUGAAUGGUUACAAUCAUGACCCCAGCCGGAAAUCAAAAGGCUCAUUGUUCAUGGAACCCAGCUUUUUUGAAGCCCCUCAAGAGGUUGACUGGAGAGAGAAGGGUUAUGUUACUCCUAUCAAAGACCAAAAACGUUGUGGAUCUUGCUGGGCUUUCAGCUCAACAGGUGCCUUGGAGGGUCAGCUGUUCCGCAAAACUGGAAAGCUGGUUUCUCUGAGUGAGCAAAACUUGAUGGACUGUUCCAGGCCGGAGGGCAAUCAAGGCUGUAAUGGAGGCUUCAUGGACCAGGCUUUCCAGUAUGUUCAGGACAACAAUGGGCUGGAUUCAGAAGAGUCGUAUCCCUACCUUGGAACGGAUGAUCAGCGGUGCCGCUAUGACCCCCGUUAUAAUGCUGUUAAUGACACUGGUUUUGUGGACAUUCCCAGUGGUAAAGAACAUGCUCUAAUGAGGGCUGUUGCUGCUGUGGGUCCUGUAGCUGUUGCCAUUGAUGCUGGCCAUGAAUCCUUCCAGUUCUAUCAGUCUGGCAUCUAUUAUGAGAGGGAGUGCAGUGGUGUAGAACUUGACCAUGCAGUCCUGGUGGUUGGUUAUGGUUAUGAGGGUGCUGAUGUUGCUGGGAAGAGAUACUGGAUUGUGAAGAACAGCUGGACUGAGAAAUGGGGUGACAAAGGCUACAUCUACAUGGCUAAAGACCGACAGAACCAUUGUGGCAUUGCGACAUCUGCCGGCUAUCCCCUAGUGUAAGGCCACUGGACUGCAUUCUGGAAAUGCCAGUAGUUCACCUACUUUUGUUUCUUUUAAUAUUUCAUGCUGUUUUAAUUCUUUUUGGUUUUUAUUAAAUAUUGUAAUG